AUGGCUAUCCUCGAUGUACCCAACUGGGUCCGCAUACUUUUACUCAUUACUAGUGCAAUUUCUUUCAUCCCCCAACUGCUUCGCACCAUCUCAAGGAAAAAUAGCACUGGCAUAUCGUCAUUCUAUGUGCUCUUCAACCUCAUCUCCACCACUGAACAGUUCGCUUUGACGUUCUUUUUCAUCGUGAACUACCCCAAAGAUUCCGACUUCUUCGUCCACAAUCCGAAAAACGCUGGUGAUUGGAUCAACUUCGCGCAGAUGAGUGUGAUCGUUGUCUUGUGGUUGACAUACGUCAAAGUCGCAAUUGGGACGUACAUCACCUUCUUGCUCGUCUCCGUCAUCCCAGUUUUUAGCGACGCCGCUUUCGCGAGCAGGGGACCGGACCGCAGAAUGGAAAUGGAUAUAUUCUUCGGUGUCCAUUCGCAGUUCCUAAGCUGGAUUAUCACCAGCUUCAACGUCGUGGCUGUCUACUUCCAACUCAAGGAGACACGGUUACGCCCACAAGAACGGGCUUUGUCUGGCCUGGGAUUGGCGGUACAAGCAGUGAUCUUUACAGUAGUGGCAUUUUCGUGGGUUGGACGAAUCAAGUUUCCAUAUCCUGACGGCGAAAUUCCGUGGACAUUCCUCUCGACUUGGUACCAACUAGUUGGCUGGGCGACUGUUAACAAUGGCAUCUUUGCGCUGGGUCAAGCGAUCUUGCUUUGGAUCAUAGCAGGUCACCGUCUUGACGAACAAGUUUACGGCGAAACUGAGCCACUAUUGCGUGCAUGA